AUGGCCAAGUUUGACGAGGAAGUACAAGUGCCUGCUGAUCUUAAAGGAGACGACGCCGCAAUGCUAUCUAUGAACAAACAAGGUGUGCGGGACGGAAUCAAUUGGGGAACUGGUCCAUACCCCCUUGCUAUCCUGGUUCCUAUCAUUGCAUCCCUCGUCUUAUCUCAUUUCCUUGCGGCAUUGGAUGGUACAAUUAUAUCCACAUCAUUGGGAGCUAUAUCAGCCGAAUUCAACGCACAAUCCAGGAUCUCAUGGGUCGCAACAGCCUACAUUCUAACAUUCAACGCCUUCCAACCAAUCACGGGAAAAUUCACAUCGAUAUUCGGACACAAAAUCAUGAUGGCAUUCGGAAUCGCUAGCUUCUUUAUCGGAUCUUUAGUAUGCGCUAUUGCACCUAUAAUCGAAGUCUUGAUUGUCGGAAGAGCGUUUCAAGGAAUGGGAGGAGCGUGUAUCAUCUCCCUGGUUAUGAUUACGAUAGUAGAUAUGUUUCCACUUGAACGACGACCGAAAUUCUUGGUUGUGGUGUUUAUCAACUUUGGAGUGAGCACUGUGCUUGGCCCUCUGGUCGGAGGAGCCUUCAUUGACCGUUUGAGUUGGAGAUGGUGCUUCUGGCUCAACAUCAUACUCUGCCCUAUCUCUUUCGUCUUUGUGAUCUUCUUCUUAAAUAUUCCACUGCAAAAGUCCUCAUUGAGGGAGAAACUUGCUCGUGUUGACUACUGGGGAACGCUGGGUGUUCUUGUAUUUGUCCUGAUGUUGCUGUUGGCUACUUCGUGGGGCGGAAUUACAUAUCCUUGGGCUUCUGCACCAGUCAUCUCGUGUUAUAUUCUAGCCGUGUUGGUCUUGGGAGGACUUGUAUAUGUCGAACUUACAACACCAGAACCAAUUAUUCCACCAGAGAUCUUUAAGAGAUGGAAUGCCAGUUUGUGUUUUGCUAUUGCCUUUUUCCAAGGCAGUGGAUUCUUUGCUUGUAUUUUCUAUGGUCCAUUCUUCUUCCAAGCUGCAUUCAGUGCCUCUGCAACUUCUAGUGGUCUUUCAAUCAUUCCUUUACUCGGUGGUCUGGUCGUCUUCUCGAUCGUUUCCGGCGUGCUUUUACCAGUAGUCAAGUACUACAAUGUACUAGUAGUCAUAGGUAACGCCAUUGUAAUGGUUGGCUUAGGAAUGCUGUCAACUUUGGACGAACAAUCUUCAAAAGCUGCUCAAAUAUGCUACUUCCUCAUUGUUGGUGUUGGUCUUGGUUUCUCCUUCCAACCGUUAUUCCUGUGUGCACAAGCUGCUGUUGCAGACAAAGAGGAAUUGGUUGGAAUAACAACCACGCUCUGUAAUUUCUUCCAAUCUGUUGGUGGUGGAAUUGGUUUCGCAGUCCUCUCAGCCAUCUUCAACAACGAAUUCACAUCCGGAUUUGCCGCCUUGUCGCCAGAAAUUCAAGCGUAUGCAGCAACACAUUGGGAUGGAAAUCCAAACGCGCUAGGAAGUCUUCCUACUGCGAUGGGUGCCCCAAUCAUACAUAUCUAUGUGUUGGCGUUGCAACGUGUGUUUAGAUAUGCGCUGCCGUUUGUUGGUAUUGGGUGGCUUUUAACGCUGUGUCUGAAGCCUUCUCGGGUCGCUACUGGAGAAGAGGCCAAGAAGAUGGAGCAACAUGCUGCAAUGGGCUAG